AUGUCGCCCACAUCAGCCCCAAAACCGGAGCGGCAACCCAAGCUUCGAGCUUCGUGCGAUGCAUGUGCAGCUUCGAAGGUCAAAUGCAGCAAAGAGCAUCCUAUGUGCGCGCGCUGCUUAUCAGCAGGCUCGGAUUGCAUCUACGGCAUUUCAAGAAAGCACGGCAAGCCAGGACGUACACGGAAGCGCAAUCCCGACGGAACCCCAUUCACAAAAGCCUCGAAGCAACGGCCUUCACCAGCUGGGAGCGAAUUUGGCAAAUUCCGAAUUUGCGCGGAGCCGUUGCUUCCGGAAGUCGAAGAUUUGAACUGGCCCCCAACACUAGAUUUCGAGCAUCAAAUGACACCACAUUCGGCGUUUCCGGAGCGAGAUUACAACUUCAUGAGCGAAUUCCUGAUGACCAGUUCUCAAUCGCCCACGGAUUGCAUGCAAACCGUUAAGCCAGAACUUACCUUCCGGGAUCCAUUCGCAAGACAAGAGUCUCUACAGCCUGACACGUCUCUACCGGCGGAUUUCCAAGCGCUGAAAGACUUCAUUGGCGGGGAUUCAGUGCGUCCUAUGGAGUACGCGAUAACAGAGGCGAACGUAGAUUCUUUCUUUCCGGAAAGCUCAGAACCGCCACAGAGCCCCAUGGGCUCUAUGAGCUCUAAUUUCAACCCUCUCCGAGAGGACAUCGUCAUGCCGACUUCGCACAACUGCUACAACCUCGCAUACUCCACACUCGAGAGCUUACACUUCAAGACGUUAGCAGAGACUUCAGAAAUGGAAUCUAUGUUCUUCCCAGACACAAAAAGCCUAGAUUCUGUUCUCUCAGUCACCAGAUCAGCCGUCAAGAACGUCCUACAGCUACUCUCGUGCUCUUGUUCCUCAGACCCGCAUCUCGCAAUGCUAUACUCAAGCAUCGCGUCCAAAAUCCUCACAUGGUAUCAAAUUGCCGCGGGCCUCAAUCCCGCAGCUCCACCCACACCCGCGCUCACUACCGCCUCCUCGCCCUCUUUAUCCUCGUCCUGGACGUUCUCCUCCGGCCCAUCGACGCCAUCACUCUCUCCAUCGAAGAUCAAUAUCACGGUGCAACCGAUGAAAAUCGGUGCCUUUGAGUUCGAUGAGGCGGAUCAGGAGGCGCUGAGACGCCAGGUUGUGCUGGGUGAGCUGAAGAAGUGCGGGGUGUUGGUUGAGGCGUUGGCGAAUUGGAGAGGGAACGGCGACGAACAAGCGGAGUUUUUGUACGACAUGCUCGGUGCGUGGUUGAAGAGCGAGCUGUUUAGGAUGUUAAGGGAUGUUACGGGAGGGCAGGAAGAGUGA